GGUUGAAUUAUGGUUGAAUCGGCCGAUACGGGCGAUACGGUGUUUAAAAAUCUCAAAUCUCUAACUGUCUGUUUGUCUGUACUCUGGUCACUGGUUGUUUCCUCUUCGUUGUGUAGUUCAUGGGAAUCACGUUGGACGUGUUGACUGAUCGAUAGCCAUUUCGCUUAGAUUUCGGACAGCCUUUCGCCUUUCGUUCGCCCCCGAACGUUUUUCCCCGGCGCAAGAUUCCACGCUCAAACGUUCUUUGAUAUCAUUAAGAAAUGGCGGCAAUUAAAAAAUUGAUGUUGGACAAAAUUCUAAUGAAGAUGAAAAGGUUCAACAUGAAUGAACUUAAACAGCUAUUCGAAAUCUUACAUUUGAACCUGGAAUGGAAAGAUAUUAUCAAUAUAGUAUCUGAAUGCCGGCUGCGUUUAAGUGUUGCAAAUGUUGUGUCGGUAGUACAUCAGCAUUUAAAAGAUAGUGAUUCUGUUGAUGAAACAUAUCAUCGAGUUUUGUUAGUGGACGCAAUCUUCCACCAAAAUAGUCAGUGGUGGACAGUGACUAUUGAUAAAGUUAACAAACAAUUAUUAGACAAAGGGAUAAUUAGAAAUAAUAUCGAGGCCAUGUUAAACAAAUUGAAUAUCAAAGCAAUUACAUACGUUAUGAAGUGUAACAAAUUGUUUUGGGUUUUAAUAGAUAUUAAUGAAACAAAAAGAAAACAAACUACCGUGAAAUUAAACAAGCCAUAUUUUUUCACCAUAGCACCGGGAAAAGUGUUCCAUGUUUUUUACAAACCUCAAAAUAUUGAAAAUAGACUGUUGAAAAUUGUUAUAAAAUCAGUUGGUGCCAGCAAAUGUAAGGCCUACUCACUAUCGGGAAAACAUCUGCCGUCAAUGGUUAGUUUGUUGGAAGACAAGAAUAGAGGUAAUGAAAAAAACAAGGAAGUUCCAACAUUGCUUAACAAUCACAAAGAAGAAGACGUUCAAGAAUAUGUUCAAAAACUAUUUGGGGAAAAACGUUGGGUACUUAACGAGUUUACAAUAAACGUGGAGAGUGAUAUGUCAGUUUUUAGCAAUAGCAAUCCAGCCGGCAAGAUGUGCAAAACCAAAAUGGUUCUGAAAGGUGAUAGUAUAAUAGAUGGUGUUAAAGACAUGAUGUUGUCAGGUGUAUUGCAACCACCAUAUCCAGAUUGGGUUACAAAUCUACCGGUAUUGGGUAAAAAUUGUGUUAAUAUUAAUGUACACCCUUAAAUUAAUGUAAUUAACAAAUAAUAUUUUAUAGUUUUAAAUGUAUUUAAUUAUUUUACUCUGUUAAUGUAUAUGUAGUUUUUUUUUUCAAAUUUAGUUUUUACAACAUCCUAAACAAUGAACAUGAAUGUAUUUUUUUUUGAAGUCACACUAACAAAUUUUUUCGCAGGUUUGCCUAUAGACAGUGUGACACUAUUAUGUAUAUAUUAUACUAUAUUAUACUAUAUAUUAAUAAAAAGCAAUUUUGUUCAGUGUAAAAUUCUGCAGACUGAAUAGAAUAGCAAUAAAAAAUAUUUAUAGUUUUUAAGUUAUUGUACAUAAACAUAAUGAAUAAAUAAUAAUGAUAAUAAUUUAAUCUUACGCUUGAAAUUUGUUAUGUUUUCCUUAAAUAAAAUUAAAAUGCAGAGCAUGAUUACACGCCUAUCACUUACCAAUUAAAUCUUUCUUCACGGGCAAUCCGCUGACUUAAAGUUAGCCGAAAAUUCUGAAAUGUAUUGAUAGAUGUUCAAUCGAUUCAUCAACCUUUAAUCUUUGAUUAAUUUUAGAGUUCCUUCUUGUCCAACUUGUCUAAAUGGUCCAUUUCACAUUCCUAGAUGCUCCACCAAUAAUUACAUGUCUAAUAAACCAACCCAUACAUUAAUUGACAUUGUAAUAUAUCACUACUAUCUAUGUAUCUACCAUUGUAUUUAUUUU